CGGCGCAACUGCCAACUUGUCGUACUCACAUCACCCCCGAUACUACUCAGUUCAACGCUUCAAGCGGACCUAUUGUGACUUUUUGCUCAUCGUAUCGCGGCGGAAUCUCUCAGUAUAAAGUUUAAACCGCGAGGCUGGAAGACUCGGACCGCCACUGGCAUUUGGUCGCCCCCGCCGAGCUGGCCUGAGUACGACGUGCACACGCGUGAUAGAAAUGACGGCCAUGAGCGUCGAGUGCAAAUAUAAUACUACGGCUCGACGUCCUCGCACGACCAUCAACGACCUUCCACAUGACGUCCUCAUCCUCAUCUUCCGUGAUGUACGCCAAGCUGCAAGUCUCCCGUAUGCAUUUCGAGGAGGAGACAGACUGUAUCUGGAUCCCUGGGCGCCGUACUAUGAAUCAGUGUCGGAGCAUCCUUUCCCAGAGUGCCUCGCAUCCGUCUGUUCGGUCUGGCGGGCUGCCAUGUCGAACGUCUCCAUAUUCUGGACACGCCUCGUCAUUUGGACCGGCCGUGAUCCUACUCCUCUUUCUAGGAUACGCGAGUACCUCAGUUGGUCGCGAGAAUCCCUUCUCGAUAUCUACAUCCUACGGAGGUUCAGUCCAGCCAUCGAGGACACCGCGGAGAAGGCUCAGAUGAACAUGAUCCUCAAUCUGCUCUCUCCGAGUAUGAAUCGCUGGCAGCUCCUCUACAUGAGGCCUCUAUACUCCAGUUCGCUUCCGUGUCCCGGUCUAGACUUGGUCGGACGCGCGGACAACUUGAUCGAGCUCAUUCUUCACUUUGUAAACGAUGACCUGGUGACAAGUUCCAAUGUCUCCUCACCUCCGGCGAACCUGUUCGACGCUCCAAAGCUGGAGCAACUCUCUAUGGGCGGUGUUCACUUCCGCGAGGCUUACGUGAAGCGCGCCACGCACAUGCCGUUGCCACCCAAGCUCACCUGGCUCGGGGUCACCGGCUACAACUCAUGCAAUGCGCCCUUUCCGGUCCACGAGCUGUUGGCGUGCAUCACGACCCGUAUGGAUCGCCUGUGGAGGGUCCAUCUCGACGGGCUACAGCUCGAUUGCUCCACACAUCCACCUGCUCCCUUUGAUUCCCGCCGCUGGGAGGCCAACACACGUUUCAUCGAUAUCCCUGGCGAUGUGAUUGCGGAGUACCACCGACUCCUCCAAUACACGCUCACCGACGUAGCGCACUAUACCAGAUGCUCACUGCCCGAUUCUCCGUUUGUGGUAUCCACGCCGUUGGCGGAUGCAUGUCAGACUUAUGUCUACGGCAUCGCCGAUCCGGACGCACUCAUGUACUACCUCUCAGCCGGGAUGAAGCUCGACAAUGCCUGUUAUAGCUUGGCAAUCGUCAACUGUGAUGGCCUCUGUGCGGAUGUUCUCCACAAGCUCGCGAAACCGGUCAGCGAAGAUGCGUGGCUGUGCCGAGAUGUUCAACAACUGAAAAUUGCGGGAUGCACGGAAUUCAGCAGCACGGACCUGCGGGCAAUUUUGGAGGCACGCCAGAAGGCAAACGCGGCCUAUGCCGCCGCGGUGAUGACGAUCACGGAGAUAUAUGUGCUCAACUGUGGAGAGCUUGUGCCCGAAGAUAGGGAAUGGUUCAAUGAGAAUGUGUCUAUCGUCCACUGGGAUGACUGGGAAGGGGGAUUUGACUAUACUCCGGAUCUGGAUGGGCAAUAUGAUGACCCGUGGGACAAUAUUGACUACUAAUAAUAAUGUUUGGCUGUUGCGAGUUGCGUGCGCUGAAUACGUCUCGUUCAACUCGCGGUCAAUAACUCUGAUGUAGAUUACAAUGACCAAAUCGUGGC